AUGGCAUCUUCAACCAAUAAUUUUGAUCAUAUUAUCGUUUGGCUGGACCAAAAUGUUGCUGAAUCCGAUCGUUAUCCGAUCAUGAAAAGCGCCUUCAGAACUACUCUCGACCCAGACAAUGCAUUCCCAACGUCUAUCACUGAAGAGGAUGUUCCAAAUAAGAUUGAUGACGAAACAAUAGAUCAGGAAGCAAAUUUUCAUUCAAUUCCAUUUGGUUUCAAAUUGUUCGACGACCUGGAUAAAUGCUACAAGUUUCUUCUUGCCAAUGCGGGUAAAAAGCGCAUCUUUUUUAUAACUUCAGGCGCAUUGGGUCAAUCCAUCGUACCAAGGUUGCUCACUAUGGAUCCACAAGUAUUCCAAGAUAAAAAUGGGGAACUUUACAAACAUUCAAUUUACAUUUUUUGUGCUAAUAUGACUGCACACGCCGAAUGGGCGGAAGAGUUUUUGGACUUAAACUGUAUUCAAAUGGGAAAUGAUGAUCGGAUGGUUUUGUUUUGGCUAACUCGGGAUAUUGCAAAUUACUUUGUCACAAAAGGUAAAGAAGAAUUAACCAAAACGGAUAUCGCAACAAUCAAACAAGCUUAUCAAGACCUUACAUGGGGUAGAAGCCUCUACUGUAAAGCUGAUUCUGUUAAAAAGGGGCUUCCAAUAGAUGCUUUGUUGAGGGAAAUAGACAAACUGAUUACGGAAGCCGAAGAGAAAAUCAAGGAACGGGAAGAUUGA